GGAAACAGACGGAAGCGCAUGGUGGAGUUGGAUGUCAACAAACACAAUCGGUGGGUGAUGGACAGGCCAUGGCAUUUUUGCAAGUUUUUGGAAGAGUCCGAUCAAUUGUAAUAGGAAUGGUGCAUAUGAAAGCAUUACCAGGAACCCCAGGCUGCAGAUUACCAGUGGCACAGAUUGUAGAAGAAGCUUGCCAAGAAGCUGAAAUCUAUAAGAAUGCUGGAGUUGAUGGACUAAUAGUGGAGAAUAUGCAUGAUAUACCAUACACCCUGCAUAUCGGACCAGAGAUCACAGCAGUAAUGACCAAAGUAUGUAGUGCUGUGAGACAGACAUGUCCUCGUCUCCCACUUGGGGUUCAGAUCCUUUCCUGUGGCAACAAACAGGCCCUUGCAGUGGCUCUCGCAACAGGUUUAGAUUUUAUCCGAGCAGAAGGCUUUGUGUUCUCUCAUGUUGCGGAUGAAGGUAUUGUAAAUGCCUGCGCUGGGGAGCUGCUGAGGUACCGCAGGCUUAUCGGAGCUGAUCAUAUCCAGAUCUUUGCCGAUAUUAAGAAGAAGCACAGUUCCCAUUCGUUAACAGCAGAUGUUUCCGUGUCUGAGACGGCAAAAGCGGCAGAAUUCUUCUUGGCUGAUGGUGUCAUAUUAACUGGGGUCUCUACUGGAGAAGAGGCGGAUCCAAGAGAUCUUCAAGAAGUUCAGCGCUCGGUAAAGAUUCCUGUCCUUAUUGGAUCUGGAGUGACAUUGGACAAUGUGGAGAAGUACAUGGAGGCCAAUGCCUUAAUAGUCGGUUCACACUUUAAAAAAGAUGGUUAUUGGAAAAAUGAUGUUGUUUCGGAUAAAGUGAUAUCGUUCAUGGAUCGAGUCCGUAAACUAAGAUUGUAAUCUGUAGUCCAAUAAGUCUGAAUAUCUGACAGAAUCUGAACAUUCUCACGCUAAGGGGUAAUUGUACCAAAUUAAUAUGUUUUUUAUUAAUUCAUGGGCAUCCUAUGACGUCUCUGAACAAUGAACUCACUAAUAUGAGAUACAAAUACAGGGUUUGUAAUCAUUAGUCAAGCAAACAGAAUGAAAUGAAAUUAUCGCACAGAAGGGGAAGAGUCCAAGUUAGAUCAUGAAGAAUCGUUUUCUGGGACUUGACGCAAAGAAAUACUUGAGUACUCCCAUAAAACUCCUUAAAUUAAGAACUUCCUGCAUUGACAUUAACAAUAAAAUUAAGGAUUUGAGUUGA